GCCCCUGCGACUCAUCCUUGCCCCUUGAUGAGAGGCUUCCAAAAGGGCCAGGACUUUUGAAGAAGCGUCUUUGGGGGGAAAAAACAACCCCUCUGGAAUACAAGGUGGAGAGGAGUUGCCACGGAUAUAGCUGUGUUUUUCUCCAUGGAGGAAGGGGCCCUGGUGGAUGCUGAGGAAAAAGCCCUGCACCGAGAGGUCAUGCUGGAAAACACAAAGAAUAUGGCCUCCUUAGGUGGUGAUGUGAAGAUAGAGGGUUCUAGCCAAGCAGUGGCAACACCUUUUCUAACAGCCAAAAAGGAAGAUGCGGAAAAGAUGAGUGAAAAGGAAAGGCUUGGGGGAAAGGAGGAGCUGAAGAAAUACUCUAGUUUCCAGUGUGCAGAUAUCGGCUCUUUCUUGCACAGUGAUGAUCCCCAAGAAAAAGGAGCAUGUCCAGGGUGCGGGAAAAUACCCAGAGAUGAAUUGGGAUUAUGUGAUUGUGUAGAGAAACAAAGUGAAAGCGGGGAAUGCUCGAGAAGGACCCUUCCUCUUACUUUUCAUCAGAAAAUACAAGAGGGAGAGAAACUGUACAAAUGCACGGAGUAUGUGGAAAACUUCGGUACAAGCCAUUCCCUCACAUCCCAUAAAAACAUUCCCAAAACAGGGGCUCCAUACAAAUGCCUGGAAUUUGGAGAAAACAUCAGUCAGAAAAGUCACCUGAAUUCCCAUCAGAGCAUCCACAAAGGGAGGAAGCGGCAUCAAUGCAUCACCUGCGGAAAGAGCUUCAGAAUGAGCAGCUCUCUAACUUCCCAUGAAUGCAUCCACAGCGAGGAAAAGUUGUAUCAAUUCAGGGAGAAUAGAACGAAGCUUACCCAGAGCCAGGAACCAAAUUCCUGGGGAAAAAAACCCACUGGGAAUGAUUCAUGUAAAUGCCUGGAAUGUGGGAAGAGCUUCCGUUCUGCAACUCACCUCACUUAUCAUAACAGGAUCCAUUCUGGGGAAAAAUCAUAUCAUUGCACAGUGUGUGGAAAGAGCUUCACCCAAAAUGGCUAUUUCAAUUUACAUAAGAGGAUCCACACCGGAGAGAAGCCGUAUAAAUGCACAGUGUGUGGAAAAUGCUUCACGGCCCGUGGUGCCCUUAAUUCUCAUAAGACGAUUCACACGGGGGAGAAACCCUAUGAAUGCCUGGAAUGUGGGAAAAGCUUUGCCAGAAGCGGUACUCUAACCUUACAUAACAGGAUCCAUAAAGGGGAGAAACCUUAUAAAUGUCUGCACUGUGGAAACAGCUUUAGUCAAAAAGUUCAUCUUCAGUCACACGAGAGGAUCCACACGGGGGAAAAACCAUUUCAAUGCAUGGAGUGUGGAAAGAGCUUUUGUGCCUCAGAAAACCUUACUGCCCAUCGCAGAAGCCACACGGGGGAAAAGCCCUUUCAAUGCCUGCAAUGUGGAAAGCGCUUUGCCAAUUCUGGUACCUUUCAUGCCCACAAACGGAUCCACACAGGGGAGAAACCGUACAAAUGCCUGGAGUGUGGGAAGAGCUUCUACAAAUCCAGCCACCUAACUUCCCAUAACAAUAUCCAUACUGGAAAGAAACCAUAUCAAUGCACCGAAUGUGGGAAGUGCUUCAAUCAAACAAGUCACCUUAAUAAACAUAAAAGGAUCCACACAGGGGAAAAGCCUUAUAAGUGCACCGAAUGUGACAAAUGUUUCAUCGACUCGGGGGCCCUUGUUCGCCACAAAAGAACCCACACCGGAGAGAAACCAUACGAAUGCAAGGAAUGUGGAAAAGGCUUUGGUCAAAAAAGAACUUUAAUAAUACAUUACAGAAUCCACACUGGGGAGAAACCAUACAAAUGCACAGCGUGUGGAAAGAGCUUUAGUGAUCCUCAAGAACUUGUUUCCCAUGAAAGGAUCCACACUGGGGAAAAACCCUAUAAGUGUGUAGUGUGUGGAAGGGGCUUUAGGACCUCCCGUGACUGUGGUUCCCACAAGCGGACCCACACAGGUGAAAAGCCAUACCAAUGUGGGGAGUGUGGAAAAUGCUUUAGUCAAAAUUCCUCCCUUCAUAUGCAUAGAAGAAUUCACUCAGGAGAGAAACCAUAUAAGUGUAUGGAGUGUGGAAAAUGCUACAGUCGUAGUGGUGCUUUUAAUUACCAUAGGAGGACACAUACUGGUGAGAAACCAUGUAAAUGCCUGGAAUGUGGGAAGAGCUUCCGUUCUGCAACUCACCUCACUUAUCAUAAUAGGAUCCAUUCUGGGGAAAAACCAUAUCAUUGCACAGUGUGUGGAAAGAGCUUCACCCAAAAUGGCAAUUUCAAUUUACAUAAGAGGAUCCAUACCGGAGAGAAGCCGUAUAAAUGCACAGAGUGUGGAAAAUGCUUCACGGCCCGUGGUGCCCUUAAUUCUCAUAAGACGAUUCACACGGGGGAGAAACCCUAUGAAUGCCUGGAAUGUGGGAAAAGCUUUGCCAGAAGCGGUACUCUAACCUUACAUAACAGGAUCCAUAAAGGGGAGAAACCUUAUAAAUGUCUGCACUGUGGAAACAGCUUUAGUCAAAAAGUGCAUCUUCAGUCACACGAGAGGAUCCACACAGGGGAAAAACCAUUUCAAUGCAUGGAGUGUGGAAAGAGCUUCCGUGCCUCAGAAAAACUUACUGCCCAUCGCAGAAGCCACACGGGGGAAAAGCCCUUUCAAUGCCUGCAAUGUGGAAAGCGCUUUGCCAGUUCCGGAGGCUUUUAUGCCCACGAACGGAUCCACACAGGGGAGAAACCGUACAAAUGCCUGGAGUGUGGAAAGAGCUUCCGCAAAUCCAGCCACCUAACUUCCCAUAACAAUAUCCACACUGGAGAGAAACCAUAUCAAUGUUCCGAAUGUGGAAAGUGCUUUAAUCAAACAAGUAACCUUAAUAAACAUAAAAGGAUCCACACAGGGGAAAAGCCUUAUAAGUGCACCGAAUGUGACAAAUGCUUCACUGGCUCGGGGGCCCUUGUUUGCCACAAAAUGACCCACACCGGAGAGAAACCAUACGAAUGCAAGGAAUGUGGAAAAAGCUUCGGUCUAAAAAGAACUUUAAUAAUACAUUACAGAAUCCACACUGGGGAGAAACCAUACAAAUGCACAGCGUGUGGAAAGAGCUUCAGUGAUCCCCAAGAACUUGUUUCCCAUGAAAGGAUCCACACUGGGGAAAAACCCUAUAAGUGUGUGGUGUGUGGAAGGGGCUUUAGGACCUCCCGUGACUGUGGUUCCCACAAGCGGACCCACACAGGUGAAAAGCCAUACCAAUGUGGGGAGUGUGGAAAAUGCUUUAGUCAAAAUUCCUCCCUUCAUAUCCAUAGAAGAAUUCACUCAGGAGAGAAACCAUAUAAGUGUAUGGAGUGUGGAAAAUGCUACAGUCGUAGUGGUGCUUUUAAUUACCAUAGGAGGACACAUACUGGUGAGAAACCAGAUAAAAGAGUUGAACGUAGAAAAAUAAUUAGUUAGAAUCAGUCACGUAAAAUCGGUAGAAAGAUUCAUUCACCGAAGACGCCAUUAAAUGUAUCAAGCGUGGAAAGAGCUUUUUUAAAAAUAAAAUAAAACAAAACUUUA